AUGGACAAGAUUGUCGGGGCUACGAUGAAGGCUGGUGAGCAGUUGUUGCCACUGGCGAACACGGCUUGGAAAUAUUCUGUUUCAGAGCUCGGAAAACAGGCCUCUCGAAUUUCCACUACGGUCAAUCCAGAUAUCAUCCAGUCCAUCCCAUCCAUCCCAGCAAGUACGGUCCUCACAAGCGCCCAAGUAAUCGGUGUCGGAACAGCAACUGUUGCUAUUGCAGCACUUGCCGCCCCCGCAGCUCUAGGAGUAGUCGGGUUUAGCGCUAUCGGCCCCGUUGGCGGCAGCAUUGCAGCGGGUUUGCAAGCGAGCUACGGAGCUGUACCAGCGGGCAGUGUUUUUGCGUUGUGCCAGAGUGUUGCGAUGGGUGGAACUACCGUUGCUGGGACUUCGACGGCUUUGAUUGCCGCGGGUGGUGGUGGGGUUGCUGUUGUUGCUGGUGCGUUGAAGGGGUAG